GUUUCCAGAGCCGAUGGCCGGGGCAGGCGGAUGGCCUCUCCCUGUACUCCUCUCCAGGACGCUCCAAGUCCUAGGCUUUCACAAAAGAUGGGUGGGGGAAGGAGCAACUGGAUGGAGGCCAGACUGGCAGGGACAGGGUCUUUGUCCCAGCUGGCUUCUGAGCCAGGAGAUCCGGUGGGAAAGCCCGUGCCAGGCAGAGGAGAAUGACUGGGAGCAAAGUUGGAGGAAUGGAGGGGGCAGAGGAUGUUGGGCACCAAGGGAAGCUUCCUUACAAGUCCUUGUGGGGAGGAAGCAGGAGAGGCUGCAGAGCCUGGGUUCAGUCUAGGAGGCCUUCCUGGAAGAGGAGUGGCUAGGCAGGGAAGACUGGGGUUCACCAUCGGCAGAGGAGGCUCAGGGUGGGCACCCGAGGGCAGGGGAAAAUGGGACUGCUGCUGUGCUCGAAACCCCGCCUACGCAUGUCUUUCAUACACAGGAACCCGUCUCUAGGUGACUUACAGUUUCUAAGUGGAUACGUGCUGUUUAUGGAGCAGUGACAAAAAAUCUGUAUGUGUUCAGUACAGACUCCUAUUUUCUGAAUGUUUGGCGGGUGCCUGGUUGGACACACAGAUGUGGAACGCAAGAGCAGGGAAAGCUAAUUGCACAGUGCGGCUCCUCGUUGUAUUAUAAGCGGUCACUGACUCCGUGUCUGGUGCUGGCAUAGGCACGGGGUGCUUUCUGCCGUAGAUCAUAGUCAGAAAAAAGAGAUUCAGCAAAGUGCUCCCGUCAGUUUGCAGCAUGAUCCCACUGUUUCUGUCGCUGCUGGCAGCCCUGGUACUGACGCAGGCUCCUGCAGCCCUAGCUGAGGAUCUGAAAGAGGACAGCUCAGAGGACCGAGCCUUCCUCGUGCGCAUUGGCACCGCGCAGCUGCGGGGCGUGCUGGGCGGCGCCCUGACCAUCCCAUGUCAUGUCCACCACCUGCGGCCGCUGACCAGCCGCCGGGCCGCGCCGGGCUUUCCCCGGGUCAAGUGGACCUUUCUGUCCGGAGACCGGGAGGCGGAGGUGCUGGUGGCGCGCGGGCUGCGGGUCAAGGUAAACGAAGCCUACCGGUUCCGCGUGGCGCUGCUCGCCUACCCUGCAUCGCUCACCGAUGUGUCUCUGAUGUUGAGCGAGCUGCGGCCCAAUGAUUCCGGGGUCUAUCGCUGCGAAGUCCAGCAUGGCAUCGACGACAGCAGUGAUGCUGUGGAGGUCAAGGUCAAAGGGGUCGUCUUCCUCUACCGAGAGGGCUCUGCCCGCUACGCUUUCUCCUUUGCUGGAGCCCAGGAAGCCUGUACUCGCAUAGGUGCCCGAAUCGCCACCCCUGAGCAGCUCUAUGCUGCCUACCUCGGCGGCUAUGAGCAGUGUGAUGCCGGCUGGCUGUCCGACCAGACUGUGAGGUACCCCAUCCAGAAUCCACGAGAGGCCUGCUACGGAGACAUGGAUGGCUACCCUGGAGUCCGGAACUACGGAGUGGUGGGUCCCGAGGACCUCUACGAUGUCUACUGUUAUGCCGAAGACCUAAAUGGAGAACUGUUUCUAGGCGCCCCUCCUGGCAAGCUGACGUGGGAGGAGGCUCGGGACUACUGUCUGGAACGGGGUGCACAGAUUGCCAGUACGGGCCAGCUGUAUGCAGCCUGGAACGGGGGCCUGGACCGAUGCAGCCCCGGCUGGCUGGCCGAUGGCAGUGUCCGUUAUCCCAUCAUCACUCCUAGCCAACGCUGUGGUGGGGGGCUGCCGGGGGUCAAGACCCUCUUCCUCUUCCCCAACCAGACCGGCUUCCCCAACAAGCAGAACCGCUUCAAUGUCUACUGCUUCCGAGACUCUGCCCACCCCUCUGCCUUCUCCGAGACCUCCAGCCCGGCCUCUGAUGGACUAGAGGCCAUUGUCACAGUGACAGAGAAGCUGGAGGAACUUCAGUUGCCUCAGGAAGCUAUGGAGAGCGAGUCUCGUGGGGCCAUCUACUCCAUUCCCAUCAUGGAGGACGGGGGAGGAGGAAGUUCCUCCCCAGAAGACCCAGCAGAGGCCCCUGGGAUUCUUCUAGAAUCGGAAACCCAGUCCAUUGCACCACCACCUCCUGGGACCUCAGAAGAGGAAGACAGAGUCCUGGAGGAAGAAGAAAGAUACAAAGGCACAGAGGUUCUGGAGGAAGAGAAGGAGCAGGAGGACCUGCGGGUGUGGCCCAGGGAGCUCAGCAGCCCUCUCCCCACUGGCUCAGAAACAGAGCAGUCACUCUCCCAGGUGUCCCCCCCCGCCGGGGCAGUUCUGCAACUGGGUGCAUCACCUUCUCCCAGGCCUCCAAGGGUCCAUGGACCACCUGCAGAGACUUUGCUCCCCCCAGGGGAGGGAAGUCUCACAUCCACCCCAGAUGGAGCAAGAGAAACUGGAAGCCCCGAGCUCUCUGGGAUCCCUCGAGAGAGUGAGGAGGCAGGGAGCUCCAGCCUGGAGGAUGGCCCUUCCCUGCUGCCAGCCACAUGGGCCCCUGAGGGGACCAGGGAGCUGGAGAGCCCCUCAGGAGAGAAGUCUGGAAGAACUGUUCUGGCAGGGACCUCAGUGCAUGCCCCGCCAGUACUGCCCACCGACAGUGCCAGCCGAGGCGGCGGAGUGGCUGUGGCCCCCUCAUCAGGUGACUGUAUCCCCAGCCCCUGCCACAAUGGUGGGACUUGCUUGGAGGAGAAGGAGGGUUUCCGCUGCCUAUGUUUGCCAGGCUAUGGGGGGGACCUGUGCGAUGUUGGCCUCCACUUCUGCAGCCCUGGCUGGGAAGCCUUCCAGGGCGCCUGCUACAAGCAUUUUUCCACACGGAGGAGCUGGGAGGAGGCGGAAAGCCAGUGCCGAGCGCUAGGUGCGCAUCUGACCAGUAUCUGUACCCCAGAGGAGCAGGACUUCGUCAACGAUCGCUACCGGGAGUACCAGUGGAUCGGGCUCAACGACAGGACCAUUGAGGGUGACUUCUUGUGGUCAGACGGUGCCCCUCUGCUCUAUGAAAACUGGAACCCUGGGCAGCCUGACAGCUACUUCCUGUCUGGGGAGAACUGCGUGGUCAUGGUGUGGCAUGACCAGGGACAGUGGAGUGACGUCCCCUGCAACUACCACCUCUCCUACACCUGCAAGAUGGGGCUUGUGUCCUGUGGGCCUCCACCACAGCUGCCCCUGGCUCAAAUAUUUGGUCGUCCUCGGCUGCGCUACGCGGUGGACACUGUUCUGCGAUACCGGUGCCGAGAGGGGCUGGCCCAGCGCAACCUGCCUUUGAUCCGCUGCCAGGAGAAUGGACUUUGGGAGGCCCCUCAGAUUUCCUGUGUGCCCCGAAGGCCUGCCCGUGCUCUGCGUUCAGUGGACGCCUCAGAAGGGCCACAGGGGCAGCUCCCAAGGCACAGGAAGGCACCGCUGACACCUCCGUCCAGUCUGUAGGGAGCCAGCGUGGAAGACUGCUGCCCGGGCACUGUCCUCUCGUUUCAACGGCCUGUGCUCUUCCCGUAACAGGGAGUGACGUGCGGGGGGCGGGGGUAGGACUGGAGUUCAGAGGACAGUACCAGAAGGGGUUUCUGGGAGACACUUGCAUGCUCCACCUAGCCUAGGCCCUCUGUCUCAUACCUGGUCCCCAGGUUUUACCCUCAGGACAACGGGUAAGUCCCUAAGUGCCUCAACUGCUCUCUUGUCCCUCGGCUUCUCUAGGGGACUCUGUGCUACUCAUUCUUGACUCUGGGUGGAGUGACAGCAAAACCAGAUGGAAAUAAAGUUGUUUGGACCCAAA